AGAAGAGGGAGCCGAGGCAGGUGCACAUGUCGAUAUGCUGCAGUCCAAAGAGUUCCAGGUGGAUGACUUGGUCUAUGUGCCAUGUGAGGGGAAGGCGCCCUUCCUUCGCGGACGGGUCCAAGCGCUUCGGGAGGACGAGGUCCUCGUCGUCCAGACCGAACACGCCACGAUCACGGCGGCCUCGACCGAGCUGCGGCGGUGCUUUGAUGGAGACGUGUGUCAGGAUAACACCUCUUUGGUGUACCUCAACGAUGCGACGAUCUUGCAGAACCUGAAAGCACGCCACCAGGCAGAUGAUAUCUACACUUAUACUGCAAGUGUCUUGCUGGCGGUGAACCCUUACCAUGACAUCGAGGGGCUUUAUGGCCCUGAGCAAUGCGCGAGAUAUCGUGGGAAGCACAUUGGGGCCCUGCCGCCCCAUCCCUAUGCCAUCGCGGAUGCUGCCUAUCGAGCCUUGGUGCGCGAGCACCGGAACCAGGGCUUCAUCAUUUCGGGCGAGAGCGGCGCAGGGAAGACGGAGACCGCCAAGAUCGUCAUGCAAUACCUUGGCUAUGUCUCCGGCUCGAGCAACAACAUCACAGCGCAGAUCCAACAGCGCAUUCUCCAAGCUCAGCCUAUCCUGGAGAGCUUCGGCAAUGCCGUCACCAUGAGGAAUAACAACUCUUCCCGCUUCGGCAAGUACAAGCGCUUCUUCUUCGAUGAGACUGGAACGUUGAUGGAUGCUGGCGUGACCACCUAUCUUCUGGAAAGCUCACGGGUCGUGAUGCACAGCAGCUCCGAACGGACCUACCAUUGCUUCUAUGAGAUGCUGAGUGGUCUUCCGAAGGAGAAGCUACUGAGAUGGCACCUGGAACCCACGAAGCGGAAGCGGCACCUUCUCCUGGCCAGCGAUGCCGAGGACACGGAUGAGAAGUGGCACGGUGAGUUCCAGGAGAGAGAUGCGAAGAACUUCCGACGUUUGUGUGAUGCCUUGGCGGUGGUAGGCUUCAGCCAAGACGACAUGGAUUCCACCUUCCAGGUGCUUGCUGGACUGGUGCACCUGGGGGAUCUGUCUUUAGCUGAGAGAGACGAAGGCGAUGAAACGUCCACGGUGCAACUGGACGAAGAGAUCUUGGCCAAGGCAGCUGGUCUCUUGGGGAUGGAUGCCACCGAGCUAGCGGGAGCCCUUCGCCGGCGGAAGGUGCGGGUGACGCACCCGGGGCGCGAGUCCUUGCACGAGGUGCCACGGACCACGGCGCAAUUCCGACAUGCUCUUCACAGUCUCAUCAAGGCCCUGUACAAGCGCCUCUUCGAACGCUUGGUCUUCCGCAUCAACGGUUCCUUUCAAGAGUUGCAAGCGGCUCGCGGUCAUUGCGAGGAGGAACUCCGGGAGAUUGGCAUCCUGGACAUCUAUGGCUUCGAACGGCUUCAGCGAAACUCCUUUGAGCAACUCUGCAUCAAUUUGGCCAACGAGCGUCUCCAGCAGUACUUUGUGGAGAACGUCCUCGUGGCCGAAGAGGCACUCUACCGCCGUGAGGGCUUGCCAUGGUACGGCCUGCAGCUUCCAGAUUCCACACCUGUAGUGUCGGCCAUUUCUCAGACCUUCCGAAUUCUGGAUGAGUGCAGUCAACAGCUGGCCAAAGGCUUCGAAAAGACCGAUGAGAGCUUUUGCCAGAAGACCGUGGAUGAGGCUCAAAAGGACCCCGAGCGCCGGGAGCUGCUGCGCGCGCCACGGACCUCCAAAAAGCGACCGACGCUGAUGAACGAGGGCUUCGUGGUGAAGCACUAUGCUGGGCAGGUGGAGUACAGCACGAAGGGCUGGUUGGAUAAGAACAAUGACCGCCUGCUGCCUGAAUGCGAAGAGCUCAUUUGCGACUCGACCUUCGAAUUGGUGGCUUCCCUCAAGGACGAUGACCAGGGCAAGGCUCCCUUCCGCUCCAUCAGCAAGAAGUAUUGCACGGACCUGGAGCAUCUGCUUCAAACCCUCAGCACUUGCCAACUGCACUACAUUCGUUGCUUCAAGCCGAACGACUUUCAGCAAGCGGCCGUUUUCGACGAACAGCUGGUGCUCGAUCAGAUUGUUCAGUGUGGCACCGUCGAGCUGGUGAAGAUCAUGCACGAUGGCUAUCCCAACCGCUGUCGAUUCCAGGAAAUGCUGCGCUUUCGCGAUCUGCUGCCCGAGAGCUUCCAGCGUUACGGCACCCGAACCUUCAUCGAAGCCCUGCUCUUGGCCUACAAUGUGCCCAAGGAGGAUUGGGCUUUGGGCACGUCGAGGCUGUUCCUCCGUGCUGGGCAGCUGAAGGCCUUGGAAGACUUGAGAAGUGCAGGCGCUGCGCCGGAUCCGGUGCGGCUGCAGCAGAUCGUGCGGCGCAUCAUCCGCGCGAAGUGGCUCCGCGCGGCGCAUGCGGUGCGGCUGUGCCUCUAUGUGCCGAGGUUCCUGUCUGCCGUCCGUGCCAAGCGUGCGGAAGAGACGCUGGCGACCCGAGCCCUGCUGAUGGGGCGGCUUCGCCUGCAGCUGGACCGCGCGAGGUGCCGGCUGCGUGAGAAGCACCGGCGCGCGCUGCGGCGAUGGCGCGUGGCCAUGCACGUGGUGAGAUUGACCGGAAGUUGGAUGGCGCAGGCACAGGCUCGCCGUCUGCAGAAAGCCAUGCGGAAGUUCUGGCGGCUGCGCACCAGGCUUCCCGAAUGGGUGGCCUUGAAAGCGGAGGAGGCAAGACUGGAAGAGGAACGCAGAAGGGCAGAAGAAGAGGCAAGACUAGAAGAGGAACGCAGAAGGGAAGAACACGAGGCAAAACUGGAAGAGGAACGCAGAAGGGCAGAAGAAGAGGCAAAACUGGAAGAAGAACGCAGGAUGGCAGAAGAAGAGGCAAGACUGGAAGAAGAACGCAAAAGGGCAGAAGAAGAGGCAAGAUUAGAAGAACGCCGACGGGCAGAAGAAGAGGCCAGAUUAGAAGAAGAACAGCGAAGGGAAGAAGAAGAGGCAAGACUGCAAGAAGAACGCAGAAGGGUGGAAGAAGAGGCAAGAUUGGAAGAAGAACACAGAAGGGCAGAAGAAGAGGCCGCAGAAUGCAGAAUGGCAGAAGAAGAGGCCAGACAGGAAGACGAACGCGGAAGGGCAGUUAAAGAGGCCAGAUGGGAAGAAGAGCGCAGGAUGGCACAGGCGAGGGAACUUGAGGAACACAGAAGAGCUGCAGAAGAGCAGGCCGAGUUCGAGCCGAUUCCGGACGAGGAGAGCAAGUUUAGGCAGUCUGAAGAGAAGGAGAGGCGGCCGUCCAUCAAGGAUGUGCCCUCUCCAUGUCGCAGUUCACAGAGGCACCUGCCUGGUGAGCCUGAGGUGACUGAGGAUGGCUGGUCCAACAUCUCGCCGGACUUGAACUCUCGACAGAACUUGAUCGACUUUUUGGCCCUCCGGUGCAAGCAGGUGGAGACGGAGAUGCAGAAGAAGCAGACAGAGAUUCAGAAUGACAUGAACGAUUUGCUGAAGCGCCAUGAAAUGAUGGAGAGCAGGCUCAAUUCGAGUUACCAACCCCAGGGGCAGCUGGCGCUGGCGCUGGCGCCCAUGUCACCGGAAAGCCUCCAGCAUCGACCCUCGGUGGGGCGCGCCGCCCACACGCCCUCCAGCGUGUACCAGGAGAAAAGGCGCCACAGCAUCCUCGUGGAUGAUAGACAAAACUGGCAAGAGCAGCGUGCGUUUAUCAUGGAAGAUCUGCAAAAGACAUCCACUCCAAGCAGACUUUCACCGCCGAGUCCCAGGACCGAAGAAAAAAACCGGUGCAUCAAAACAUUCAAGAAAUGCACACAGAUUGAUGGCUCAAAAUCCAGAAGCCCUGGCACUCCCGUCAAGGACGAGGAGCUACAACUGCAACGCCAGUGGUGGGCCCAACAGCGAAGAGCACUUUUCAAGGAGGGCCAGAACUACAUGUGUCCUGGCAUCAUUGCAGCCGGAUGCCGUGAUCCUGACCUCGACGUCGACCGGAAUGACUCCCAAGAAGAUGUCGUGACAGCUGGUAUGGUUUAUCUAUCUCGAAAUGCUAUCGUUUUGUCAUCAAACGUCAGGUGCAGGACACUUCUCCACUUCGGGAUGGUAGGAUGGUUGUGGGCAGUUCGAAUCUGCCAACUACGAGGUGAGGUGACCUUCAAAGGCCCAACCAACCUGUUCCUCUCCACCUCCACCGCCGCACGACGCGUCGGUCGCUGCCGACCACCGGACCCGCCAAUCGUGCCAGGUGAGUCUGAGGACCCCCGGACUCGGGCGUUCCCAGCGCGUUAUACCCGUGUGGUACGGCGACGUGCUCGCCUGGACGAGCGAUGUGGAGCCGUUUUUGGAGCUCAAAGUUGCAAGCUGAAACGGCUCCAAAGCAUAUAGAACUCGAUGAAGUGAAGGAAUCUGUUC